AUGCACUUACUCUUCCGCCACUCCUUCCGCCGUAACUACUGCCACCUCCCCUCCACUGACACUACCUUCAAAUGGGUCCGGGACCGUGGCCUCGACCACGCAGUGGAGAGAGAAAAGAACCUCAAACCUCUCCUCAACAUCAAAAACCUCAUCAAAUUAGAGCCGUCCAAGUCCCUCCCAAUCUCCAUCAUCACCAAGCAAAAAGACUCCCUGAAAAUCCCCUUUCGCCCCAUUGACUUCGUACGAAAAUACCCUUCAAUCUUCCAGGAAUUCUUCCCAGGGAACAUCGGGGUCCAGCCCCAUAUCAAGCUCACUCCAGAGGUCCUCAAUCUUGAUGCUGAAGAGCUGCUGGUUUACCAAAGCGAGACCUAUAAGCAAGUUGUUGCUGAUAGGCUGCUGAAACUGUUGAUGAUUUCGAGAAUCAACAAGGUACCUUUAAAGAUUAUUGAGAAUUUGAAAUGGGAUAUUGGUCUUCCUCAAGAUUAUUUAAGAAGUAUUGUUCCUGAAUUUCCCGAUUAUUUUCGCGUUAUUGGUAGUAAAGAUGGUUGUUUUGGGUCGGGGGAUUUUGGCGAAUUGGAGUUGGUUUGUUGGAGUAAUGAAUUGGCAGUUUCAGUUAUGGAGAAGAAGGCAAAAAAUGGGGAAAAGAUUGUUUUUUCGGAGAAGUUUUCCAGCGGUUUUGUGAUUGAUAAGAAAAUGAAGAAGUGGAUGGAUGAUUGGCAGAAGUUGCCUUACAUUUCUCCAUAUGAGAAUGCAGCUCAUCUGUUGUCGAAAAGUGAUGAAUCGGAUAAGUGGGUGGUGGCGAUUUUGCACGAGGUGAUUAGUCUUUUUGGAGCGAAGAAGGUGGAUAGGGAGAAUUUGUUUUGUCUUGGAGAGUACUUGGGUAUCAGGUCAAGGUUUAAGAGAGCUUUGCUUAACCACCCUGGUGUUUUUUAUGUUUCCAGUAAGGUUGGAACAUAUACAGUGGUCUUAAGGGAGGGUUAUAGGAGGGGAGCAUUGAUGGAGAGUGAUCCGUUGAUGAAUAUUAGAAAUCAGUAUAUUCACCUAAUGAAUAUGAUGAAAGAAGAUUGUAAAGUGAUUGCUCCAGCAAGUGGGAGCGAGCAGCAAGAAAAGGAGUUGAAAGGAGAAGAAAGAGAGGCUGCUGAUGAAGAUAGUGAGGAUGAGAAGGAUGUUCAGUUGUAUGACUCGUCUGGUUCUGAGGAAGAGGGUGCCAGAGACGAUAACCUUGAUGAUGAUGAUGAGAGCGGGGAGGAGGAGGAAGAUAACCGAAUGAGAAGUUCUCGAAAAAAUGCUGCAAUUAGUAGAGGAAAAACGGCUAGGAGGAUUAUUUUGGACACGAACAGGGAUGAUGAUGAUGAUGAGGGGAGGGGGAAGAUAACCGAAUGA